ACGCGGUGCUAUGGCUGCCCAAAAUAACAUGUCCCAGUUUUGGCAUGGUCGGCGAGGCUUGGCCGAGGUGUGGUGGUGCCCGGGGAGGGUGCCCAAGGCACCUAGGAGUGCCCAGGGUACCUGGUGCCGUCGGCAGCAGUUGGUCUCACACCGGGCACCCAUCCUAUCGCGUCCUUGCGCUAACGCGGCUGUGCUUUUGCGCGCGUGUGGCCAUGUUGUAUCCUAGGAAAUAGCACCUGCCUGUUCACUCGUCCCCCUGUUGGAUAUCCCCCCCACGUUGUGCCGUGGAUAACUAUGUAGAGCAGCUCUUCUGUGAUAUCGGCAGCGCGGCCCGGGAAAGUGAGAAUGCCCAAAGUGAACGACCCGCUGUGCCCGCUCGGUUUCCACCCGCAGACCCGUUGGCCCAACAGAUGCAAGCGAUGCUUCAGAGAUUACAACGACCACAAAAGCGUCAAAGAACAGUCGGGGUCAACCACCUCUCUCAACUCCCUAACCAGCUAUGACCCCAAUACCAACAGCUUCAUUCGAAGACAAGAUGACGAUAGUGGCAAGGAUUCCAAUGGGUAUGGUUCCAGAGACUCCCUUGUGUCCUCCUCCAGAACCAAGGGUGAGAUCGAGUCCCCAGGCGCCUACAGGAGGACCCGCUCCGAUCUCAGCGCCGAGCUCAUCUCCAGGGCCAACGCCGAAGACAAUCACAGGCAGGAGAAGAAGUCGUCGCUAUCGUCCAACUCCAAGUCCUGGAACAAGUCCAGACCUGUGUCAUGGUCCGCCCAGGACCUCCGGGCCGCCGUCGACGAGGCUAAGGAACAAAUCCGCUCAUCGAGGGAAGAUUUACACCGCCUGUAUGGCAGCUCAAGAUCGUUGUCGCAGGACCUCGGAAGUCUCGGUGACCUUCGGGGCAGUUCGAAGGACUUGUCUAAUAAUAAUGAGAAGGAACCAUCGUCCGGUUACUCGUCCUUCUCCUCGUACCUGGCCAUGCGCACCAAGUCCCCGGCGAGGCCUCCGCUGGGCAGGACCUCUUCCUUACAAGGUACUUCCUCCACUUCGUCCUCAGUAAGAAGGGACGAAGAAGAAAAGUCGAAACAUAAAGAGGAAGAACAGCCCAAAACGACGAAAUUUUCGAGCGAACCCAAAACAUCGACGACGCCGUCGAUAUUAUCGUCCAUCUCUGAGAGUAAACCUUCGAGAUCGACAUUGUCGCCCGUGUCUGAAGGCAAGGCCUUGAAGCCCUCCAUUCUUUCCUCCAUAUCUGAAGCUAAGCCGCCGAAGCCUCCCUCGAGACUCAAGCCUUCCAUUAAGCUCGGCGAGAUUAAGGAGACGACGGUAGAAGAGAAACCUAAGAAGAGCAUCGUGAGCCUCAGAGGCGAUGGCUACGGGUACAGCACAGAGGUGAAGAGUGAGGAUGACUCAGCCGAUGCCACCUACGUCAUCCAGCUCUCCAAGCCCAAGAAAGAACCAAAGAGAGUUGAGAUCGACCUUCAGUCUGAGGUUGACCGCCUGCAGAAGGAGCUGAAGGAGAAGGUGAAGCAGAUCGAGGAUAUGGAAGAGAAGACGGAGACUCUGGAGCGGGAGAACAAGGAGCUCAUGACCAAGAAACCCAAGUUCGGUGACUUGAGAAAGCAAGCCGAGCUGACCAAAGUUCAACAGAAGGUUGAUGACCUAAAUGAGGACAUGAAGAGCAAAAACAGGGAAAUCAAGGACCUUAAAAAGGAAAUUGACAAGCGACCGCUGCCCAAAGAUGUGGAGAAGACUAUGGAGGACCUGAGAUCGAAGCUGCAGGCGGCGGAGCAGCUCUGCGAGGAACUGAUGGACGAGAACGAGGACUACAAGAAGGAGAUCCGGGCCUUGGAGGAAGAGAUCGAGGAGAUGCAAGAUAACUUCCGCGAGGAGCAGGCGGACGAGUAUCGGGACCUCAAGCGGGAGCUCGAACAGACCGCCAAGAACUGCCGCGUUCUGCAGUUUAAACUUAAGAAGGCCGAGAGACGCUCAGAUAUGCUGGAACGCGACAAGACUGAGAUUGAAGACAAGCUCCACGAGCUACAGGUAGGAGAAGCAGACGUGGAUAGAGCAGAGAAGAUCAAGACGCUGGAGAAGGAGAUCAACCUGGCCAAGGAUGUGUCAGUCAAGAUGCACGAGGAGAUGGAGAAGAUGAAGCAACAGCUGGAGUCUGCAGAGCAGGACAAGAAGAAGCUGAGCGAGAGAGUACAAGAGAAGCCAGUUAGGCCAGGUGGCAAAUACAGCCGUUCGCAGAUGAUGGGUCGCCAAGGGAGCCAAGACAACACGGACCAACUAAUGAGAGACCUGCAGGACGCCACCGAGAGGGAGCAGGACCUCAAGGAUCAACUCAAAUUCGCCGAGGAAGAGACAAAGAACUUGCGAAAGAAGAUCUCGCGGGUCGAGGAGGAAAACGAGACACUCGCCCUCCAGCUCAAGAAGAUGAGCAACAAGGCCAAAGCCAACAGACAGAGGUCGAUCGAACGUACUGGCUCCUUGGAACGUUCCAGUUCUAUAGAACGUGGCACGCUCAGUCGCCAGGGCUCUGCGGAGAAGCCGCCAGCUAAGGAACCUGACGAAGGCAUUACCGAAGACCUCGAUCCGACCGAACUAAAGCUCCAGUUAGAGUUGAACGAGCAAGAGUCUGCUGUACUUAGAAGGAAGAUUGAAGAUCUUGAAUCAGAGAACGAGCGGCUACAGAAGGAGAUCAGGGGCGUCUUAGCGGCGACAGAGCCCAGGUCCACUAAGAUCGAUGGGGGACUCGAGGCUAAGAAACUGGAGAAGGAAGCAGACAUCUUGAGGACCAAGAUCCAGGAGGUUGAGGUGGAGAAUGAACGUCUCUGUGAUGAGAACAAGAGAUUGCAGCUACGUAUAGUGAAGCGUCUCCCUCUCUCAGGCACAGAGUCCAGCUAUAUUGAGAGACAGGUGAUGGAUGAUAAGGUGAGGCGGUUGGAUAAGAAGCUGAAGGAGGCCAACGAGAAGUUGAAGACCUUACAGGUGAACGCAGCUGUGGCCACGACAGGCAGCGACCUUGAGGGUAAGACCAUAGGUCCCGGAGGCGGGUCAGAAGUGCUGCAGAUAACAAAGGAGAAAGAUCGUCUCAAGAGUGAACUCACAGAGAAAGACCUUGCAAUCAGUGACUUGAAAAAGAAAGUAGACGAGUGGCAAGGGAAGUACGACAAGAUGUUUAAAGACUGUGAAGAAAUGAAAAGAUCAUCUUCUUACAAGGACAGGACUCCUAAGGUGCCGAAGGACUUCACGCCGAAGGCAACACUCAUUAAGUGGGUCAAUGAACUUGAGACAGAGUGUGCCAGUCUUCACAUGGCGCUGACGAGCGCAGAGAAGAAGAAGAAAGGUCGACCCAGUUCAGAGGACCUGACCAGCCUGCGCGAUCUCGAGGACAAACUCGAGCGGGAGAAGGAGCGCAACGAAGAACUCUCCCGGCAGCUCAAGGAGGAGCGGGAGAAGCUGGAAAAGCCUUUAGCGAACAAACGCUGGUCUGGGGAACACGAGAACGAACUUCGUCGUUACGAGGAGAAGAUCAACUCCCUCAAAAAGGAGCUCACUCAAGAGAAGGAGCGGAACGAGGAGAUGAAGGCCAAGCUCGGUGAAGGAACUGUGGUGGGCUUCGAGGAACUUCGCUCAGCACAGACCGAGAAACACAAGCUUCAGAAGGAGCUCUCCUCCGCGCAGCAGACAACCCUCAUCCUGGAGAAGAAGCUGAAGGAGGCGGAGGAGAACCUCAGAAUGAUGGAGAGAACAGAGAAGAGAAACAAGAACGCUAUUGAGAAGCUCGAGCUGAAGUUGGAUGAGGAGAAGAACAACCUGACGACAGCUGAAGAACGCCAGAAGGAACUGACGGCUUCCUGGUUCAAGGAGCGUGAUGACCUCAGAAAGGACCUCACUGAAUACAAGAAAGCCAGGGAGAAGGCUGAACGCGACCUACGGACAAGCAAGAGAACGAGGGACACUCUGGAGUCUAAGCUGGAGGAGGAGAAACAGAGAGCAGACGAAGCUUUCGCGUCCAAGAAGAAAGAGAACGAAGAACUCAAGACUCUUAAGAGAGAGAAAGAUGAACUCACUCAAGAGCUGGUGGAACUCAAGGACACCAUCAGCCAACUGGAGAAGGCGAAGGACUCGUCAGGAAGCAAACAACGACGCGACCUGGACACCCUCAAGAAGGAGAAGGACGACGUGACAGUACGGAUGAAUACACUGGAGACCGAGCUCAAGGCGGAGCAGAAACGCCGCGAUCGCCUGGAGAAAGAAGCCAUAAGCCUCAGGAACAACGCCAAGAUAGAAGCUAAACUCAGGGAAGACCUCGACGCCCUUCGUCAGGAGUAUAAAGAUCUGGAGAAAACUCGUGCUAAGGAGAAGAAGGAGUGGCAAGAGCUUCGUACCAAGUACGACUUGUUGGAGGAAGAUUACGUCGUCCAGAAGGCGCAUUUCACUGUGAACCGUGAAGGCAUCCAGCAAGAUUACGAGACCCUUAAGAAGGAUCACAGCACGAUUGAGUCUGAACUCAAGACACUGAGAGAAACAUACAACGUGCGUCAGGACACAUGGAUCAAGGAGAAGCUUGGCAUGCAGGAGCAGCUGCGAGAACUGGAGAAUCGUCUCAAUAAGGUGUCCACCGACCCGGCGUCUUACUCCGAGAGAAAGCGACUCAAAGAUAUCAUUGAGGACAAAAACCAGCAAAUUGAGAAGUUGAAGCGGGACGCAGACGGCAUCUCGGACCAACUCUCCUACCACAGACGAGAGAGUGAAGACCUUCGACGCAAGGUGGAGGACCUGGAGAAGAUACAACAGAUCAACGAGAAGAGGACCUCCUCCUUGGCCAACGAUACCUCCACUUACGACAACACCAUCAGAGAACUUCGAGCCAAACUUUCCUCUACCGAGAAAACACAGAAGACAGAACUCACCAAGAUCAAGAUGAAGUACGACUCGAAGCUGAAGGCGAUGGCGGAGGAGGUGUCCACCCUGACACAGCACAUGACCAAGUACAGGAGAGAGCGUGACACCUACAAGGAAAUGCUAGACGGAACUCAGCGGACCAUUGCUGAGUUGAAGGGUAGCUCCACCUUCAGACCCUCUCGAGCUGACAACGCUAGCGAGGCUCAACAACACCUCCUGGAGACGCAGGAGCUUCACACUCAGAUCACAGAGUUCGAGGACAAGCUGGCUGACGCGAGGCUGGAGAACACCAAACUCAAGAACGAAGUCAUAGACCAGAAGACCAACUUCGAGAUACAACUUUGUGACUUGCAGACUAAACUCAACGAGUAUGAAGAAGAUCGCCUCCUUGGGGGAGGAAGCAGACGAGUUCCUGGUCUCAGGACUCGACUCGAACUCAAUUGGCAGAAGGAGAGAGAAGAACAGCAGCGACUCAUCCAGGAGACGGCCACCCUCGCUAAGGACCUCAGACAGACGCUGUACGAGGUGGAGCGAGAGAGGGACCUGGAGCGACUGGAGGCCAAGAGGAAGAUCGACCAGCUCAAGAAGACAGUGGGACAGGAAACGACAGACACCAAGUCUAAAGUACAUGAGCUGCAGCGGGACCUGCUGGAGCUACGGGAAGCUCACGCCAAGCUGAGACAGAUCAACGAGAAGCUCCGACGCGAGAAGGACCGGACGGAGGUGGAGCGAGAGGCCAUGAGGGACAAGUUCUUGGGCACCUCCAGGGAACACCUCAACCAGCAGGCCAAGAUGGAGCGCCUCAUGGACGAGAUGAAGAAAGUGAAGGAUCUUGCUCCCCUGGUCCUUGGGGAAGGUAUAGACGGCAAAGACGGAUCUCUCACAAAACUCCCCGGAGACGCCAAGCCCAGAACCAAGGAAGAGUUCACGGAGUCUCUGAAGAAGGCGUGCAGGAACAUGGAGGAGCUCAAGAGAAUGAUGAACCUCUCUGACGACAAGGACAGACUCAGAAGAGCGCCCUCCUUCAGGAGGGCGCUCUCAGAUAUGGACAGUGAAGACGAGGGUCUUCCUCUGCGACCCAGAAGCCAGCAGCGAGGCACCCUGCACAAGCCAGGGACCAAGAGCCAGAGAUCAACUUUGUACCGAAAGACUCAGUCUCUGGACCACCAGAUGGCCGAGGAUAAGAACAAAAUCUGGGUGUCGACGGACGCGGGCAGCACCACCAGCAUAGACUCUACAAUGACGGACGACAUGCGGAAAGCCAAGUACGACAGAGAUAUCUCCCUCGACAGGAUCUCAACGGGAUCCCAGACCAGCGACCUGGAUGUCUUGGUGGAAAAGAAGAAAAAGGGAGUGAAGGGCAUGAUCUCCAAGCUUACAAAGUCGCGCUCUAUCGAGGAAUCCUCCACGGGCGGCUCUAUAGUGGGCGCGGGCGUGAAGGCCAUGGGCGUCGGGAUGGGCGGCUCGGGUAGCGACAUUCCCACAGAGGUUGAGAAGGAGAGUAAGGUUAAGGGGCGGCUAAAAGGUUUCUUCAAGAUUGGACCCCCUUCAAGAUCCCAGAGCAUGGACCGAGCAGGGGGAGCCAAGACCUCAUCUGGCAAAUAUGACUCAGACACGGCAUCGAUCACUUCCUUGGAGAGCAACGCGAGCGCCAACGCCCCGUUGGUCAUACGGAGGGUCCGAGGACGAGCCUUACCUGGCAGCAUCACCAAAGCCCAGUCCAUUUCCGCCAUCGGUCGUCAGGGUUCACACGAAACUGAUGUGUGAAAGUGAUGGUCCGGACACCUGGGCUGUGACACAGGGUAUGCCAGAGAUGUCCCUGGAGGCUGGAGGGGGAUAAAUCACAGCAGCAGCAUCAGCAGCAUCAACAGCAUCAACAAGUGCAGCAUCAGCAAAAACAGUAUCAGCUGCCCAGGAGGCCUCACGUAAACACAAGCCCGGGCAGGCUGAUUUAACCAGCAAGUAACCUAGAGUAAAAGAACUUCUACGGGCUCACCAUAGGCCGUGCUACUUAGAAC